AUGAGAUUAUUUAAUAUUAAAAAUUUUUACAUAUAUUUUGGUCACCGUUUACACAGACGCUUAUAUUCGUCGAAGAAUGCUCCGUCUCCGGAAUAUUUAACAAAACUGCGCGAAUGCUAUCGCUUGGAAGAGGAUAAUAACAUCGUGGUGCCUGUAUUUAAAAAGGCAUUACUGUACGGUAACAAUAUAGCCAUACGUGAUCAUGCUGGCGAAUAUUCCUAUUUCCAAUUGUAUUCAAAUUCAAAACGGCUGUCCCGGCAAAUUGCUAAUUUAUGUGGUAGUGGCUCCUCAUCGACCGUAGCAUUCUUCUAUAGCAAUGAUGUCCUAAGCACUUUAACGUUAUGGGCCUGUUGGAUGUGUGGCCAGGUGGCCAUGCCGCUUAGACUCGAUUUCUCAUGUUCCGGUUUAGUGAAUCUUUUAAAAUUAUCGAAGACUCGUUUAUUGGUAGCUCCCGAAAAAUAUGGCAAUCUAUCGCGCAAGCUGGCCUAUCAAUUGGAUGUACCUACACUAUGCUUGGAUCAUAUGUUUAUAAAAAAGCAUAAUCUUCCCUUUAAUUAUAGUCGUGAGAUAUUUAUGAACGCAAAUUUGGUGAUUCUGGAGGGAACCCUUACCAACGAUUUUUAUACGACUUUUGACGCCCUGCUAUUGAAUACCUUGGGAAAAAUUAACAAGCUGAAGACAGCAGUGCUGUCACAUAAAAAUUUGAGCGUUCAAAUCAAAUCAGCUGCGAGUGCUUGGCAAGUUUCCGCUGAGGAUCGGGUAUUUCAGAUUUUCAAUUCAGACCAUAUUAACGGUUACAUAAACGCUACUCUGUUUCCGCUGGAAGCUGGAGGCACCGUCCAAAUGCAUGAGCCAUUCGAUGCCAACAAUUGUUGGAGCACGAUUUUAGGCAUAAAUACGCCGCAAAAAGAUCGCGUCAACAUUCUUAUCGCUGAACCGAAAGUUUACAAUGUCCUUAUCACAGAAUACGAGAAGAUCUUCUUAAAGAACAGCCGAAUGGUGGAAUUUAUUAAAAACUAUUGCAUGCGUAAUUUUCGCUUAAUGAUCAGCAGUUUUUCACCAUUGCCUCAGCAUGUAGCCAAUCGUUGGUUUGAAAUUACCGGACAUAACAUUAUGGAAAGCCUCUAUAUUACGGAAAGCGGCAUUACUCUUCGUUACAAUCCUCAGCACGAUCAAGCCAACACGCAGAAACAAAAUCAUGUAACUUUAGCCUUCAACAAUACUUUGUCCGACGUCAAAGUGCGCAUAGUGGAUAAUAGCAACAGGAUUAUUUAUGAUUCACAAGAUCUAAAGGUCCAUACACGGUACUUGGUUGACUCGCCAACUAUUGUUGGCAGUCUGUUAGUGGCCGGACCUGGGGUAUUUCGAAACUACCUAAAUUCGGAGAAGCCCUCGAAUGAGAAAGAAUCGUAUUUUAAUACCGGCGAUAUCGUUUGUUAUGAAGAUGGCUUAUUUAAGCUUCUCGGUCGUUGCAAGGGCGAAGAGCGCUUUAAUACCCUCACUACAAUGACCGACAUUGAAGAAUUUUAUUCCAGAUUAAAUUUGCAUCCUUCUAUUAAUUUUGAUAAACUGGAAAAUAGAGGGGUUGUUUAUGCCAUUAAACCCAAUCAACGGAUGUCGCUGAAAAGCCUAAAACUAUUUUAUGCCAUCAUUUUAAAAGAAUAUUAUCGGGCUAUAGUAUUCCAUUUGAAUACGAAUAAAUAAAAUGUUUCUUGUUUUUCUUUCUUUCCAUAAAAAAAAAAAAAAAA